CGGAGUCCGUGUCAGUUGUCGAGCUAGCUGGCUAGCAUGUGCACGUUAAUAGAGGGGCUACAUCUGAUUAACGGGAAGACUAGCCGAGAAGAACUAGUGGAGGUAACGUUAGCCAACUUGGCUAACUAGUCGACCACAACAGAGACAGAAAAAAUGGCUCUGUUGGACUGCGGAGUGUCACAGGGAGCGUGUAAGGUGCCCACAUUCUGCUGCAGAGGAGAGAGCACCAGGAUGAGGAGACUGUAGGCACCCGCCGUAGUAUGGCCGCGUCCCGGUCCUCACGCGUCACAAGGUCAUCAGUGGGGCUCAAUGGAUUGGAUGAGAACUUUUGUGGUCGAACCCUCAGGAACCGCAGCAUCGCCCAGCCAGAGGAGACCUCCGUGUCUCCGCUACCGAGGGCCCGCUCACCCAAGAAGAAGCAGGACGCCAAGCAGGACGCCAAGCAGGACGCCAAGCAGGAGUCUAAGCAGGACGCCAAGCAGGACGCCAAGCAGGAGUCUAAGCAGGACGCCAAGCAGGAGUCUAAGCAGGACGCCAAGCAGGAGUCUAAGCAGGAGUCUAAGCAGGACGCCAAGCAGGACGCCAAGCAGGAGUCUAAGCAGGACGCCAAGCAGGAGUCUAAGCAGGACGCCAAGCAGGAGUCUAAGCAGGAGUCUAAGCAGGAGUCUAAGCAGGAUGCCAAGCAGGACGCCAAGCAGGAGUCUAAGCAGGACGCCAAGCAGGAGUCUAAGCAGGACGCCAAGCAGGAGUCUAAGCAGGACGCCAAACAGGACAAAAAGCAGGACACCAAGCAGGAAUCAAAGCAGGACACCAAACAGGACACCAAGCAGGACUCAAACCAAGAUGUUAAACAGGAGUCAAAGCAGGAAGCUAAACAGGAGUCAAAGCAGGAAGCUAAACAGGACACGAACGAGGGCGAGAAGCCAGUCGUUCACUCGGAAGACGGACAGCAGCAGACCUCGUUGUCGGGAAAGGUAACUGAUUCCAACGCUUCUCCCACUGAGGCCGUUCAGUGGACUGACUCCAGGAAACGGGGCGUGUCCUGUUUAGGAGAAGACAUUAGCCCAGAGAAGUCCGAGAACUGUGAUGGAGGAAAGGGAGUGCGGGAUGCCUCUCCUCAAAUCAAAAGGGCCAAGCGCUGCUCCCGCUCUGGGGAGUCUCAGGGACAGGAGGAGGACCCUGAGCCUCCCAAACCUGAAAGUCCGGUCUCUGUCACAGAGCGUAGCAAGGAUGGUUGUGAAGAAUUGCUCAGCCAGAACUCUGCUGACACAACUCCUGCCUCACCCCUCCUCAGUAAGCAGGAAGGUGAGCCUGCAGGGGGGAAGGCAGAGGAUGGUUGUUUGGAGUGUGACGGAGCUACUCAGCCUCAGAACGCUCACAAAGCCUCUAAUGGACUCAGAGAAAAUAAAGCAGAGGAAUCUUGUACACUCACUAAAGAGCCUAGUGUGGAUCCCUCCUCUGCUACCUUCCCGUUGCUGCUCAACGGCAGCCAGACGGGGGCGCCCUCAUCCCCGGACCCCACUGUGCCUUGUAGAAACUCUGUCCCCGAGCAGAUGGAGGCCUCUGGCUCAGGGGAAUCGCCAGCCUCAUCUGCACCGAUGUUUGAGGGUGCUCUGGAGGAUUCUGUACCUGAGUUGAUGGUGGCUAAGGAGCAGGAGGUGGAGGAGAUGGAGGUGGACGUGGUGGGGGACUCGUUGUGUCUGGCCCACGAGGAGCAGGUGAUGGAGACGGAGAGCGGCACCAACGGCCGACCGCUGACACCAGUGCAGGAAACUGCUGCUGCCUCCUCCUCCUCCUCUACCACUAACAUGAACAGUAGUCCAAUCAACAACAACAACAGCAACUCAGGAGAAACUACACCCCCACUAACAUCCCCCUCCCCCACAGAGCCAGGGUGCACCCCCUCAUUAUCCAGCACGUCCCCCUCCUUCACAGAGCUCUAUGAACACAGAUAUACCCUGCGGACUUCUCCCAGGAGGGCUGGUAGCAAAGCCUCCUCCUCCAAGCCCAGCUCUCCUCCCAGAGACAAUGGUCCCUUGAGGGAAGAGGGGGAGGUGGUGGUUGGGCUGGAGGAGGACUGUCCCAUGGUGGAGGGCCCUGCUCCCUCAGACUUUGUCGGCCCCUCCAGUAAGAAGCCGGACAGUUGUUCUAUGGAGGGCAGCAAGGAGCUGAGCCAAAGCCAGGCUGCAGAGGAGGAGGAAGAGGAGGAGGAGGAGCCAGACGUGUAUUACUUUGAGUCAGACCACCUGGCUCUGAAACACAACAAAGAUUAUCAGAGACUGCUGCAGACCAUCGGAGUUCUGGAGGCCCAGCGGACCCAGGCCAUCCUGGACCUGGAGACGUUGGCUCGACACCAGAGAGAGGCGCUCGCCGAUCCCAUCAGCUUUGUUGAGCAGCUGCAGAAAAGGGUGAAUCUGGGCUUACCGUCUCCUCAGCAUGUCGUCCAGCUCCCUGAGAUUGCUUGGGAGCAGUACACCUCAGGCCUUGGUGAUUUUGAGAGAGAAUUCGGUGACAAGAAACGCAAAACCAGGCGGCUAAAGUUGAUCUUCGACAAAGGUUUGCCUCUUCGACCAAAAAGUCCCGUUGAGCCCAAGAAAGAAGGCGAAUCCUCCACCAUGUACUCCUCUCUACCCACCAGCGAUGCCCCAGAGAACGGUGGGCAAACGCAGAUGAUCAGAGGGAGGAUUUGUCACCCAAACAAGCCUGACACAUUCAACCAGCUGUGGACUGUGGAAGAACAGAAAAAACUGGAGCAGCUUCUUGUCAAGUUCCCUCCUGAGGAAGUCGAGUCCAGAAGAUGGCAGAAAAUUGCAGAUGAGCUGGGCAAUCGAACAGCAAAACAGGUUGCCAGUAGGGUUCAAAAGUACUUCAUCAAACUGACAAAAGCUGGAAUCCCUGUGCCUGGAAGAACACCCAACCUUUGCAUGUACACUAAAAAGGCAUCCAGUAAGAGGCAGCACCACCUUAACAAGCACCUGUACCGGCCGUCCACCUUCCUGACCUCCUACGAGCCUCCGGUCUACAUGGACGACGAUGACGAGCGCUCGGCUUACUACAACAGCGUUCAGGACCCGUCUGCUGAGGAUUCGGAUGAGGAGAGCGUACCUGUGGAGCUGAGGAACCUGCCGGAGUACAAAGAGCUCCUGGAGCUUAAGCGGCUGAAAAAACAGAAGCUCCAGGAGAUCCAGGAGGACAAGGCCGGGGUGCGGCACGUCGGCUACAAGUGUGACGUCUGCGGCGUGGAUCCCAUCCAGGGAGUGCGGUGGCACUGUCAGGACUGUCCACAGGACAACUCCGUGGAUUUCUGCUCCAACUGCUCCGACUGCUUGUUCAAGACGGAGACCCACAAGCCGAACCACCACCUGGAGCCGGUCUGUCAGCCAGAAGCCUUUCUGGACAGGGACUACUGCCUGCCGCAGAGCACGGGCUACAACUACCUGGACCCCAACUACUUCCCAGCCAACAGAUGACAGGGUCCCAGGUGGUCCUAGCUCCAGGCUCUCCACACAUCCCACAGGCCACUCUGUGCAUGGCUCCAUCCUCCAAGUCCAAGAUAACCGCUUCACCCGCCGCCAGGCAGGAGGCCAGCAGACGGGUGGACAGCCGGGGCCUCAGAGCAGACCUCCCUGCUGCCGGUGGGGGGCUGUUGGUAACUGACCUCCCUGACCUGAGCUAGAAGGGCGGCCAUGUUGGCUCCACCUCAGCCAGGCUAUUUAACGGAUCUGUGAUUUGAAAAACGACACACUAUUUUUAAAAGCCAACUAAAAAGAAAACAGAAGGCACACGACAUUCCCGAGCUCUGUGACUCCAGGAGGGCUGUCCCCGUCUCCCCUGUACCCCCAACUGCCCUCCUUACCCCCAAAUGCCCUCCUUACCCCCCUCACUGCCCUCCUCACCCUCCUCACCCUCCUUACCCCCCUCACUGCCCUCCUUACCCCCCUCACUGCCCUCCUCACCCUCCUCACCCUCCUUACCCCCCUCACUGCCCUCCUUACCCCCCUCACUGCCCUCCUCACCCUCCUCACCCUCCUUACCCCCCUCACUGCCCUCCUUACCCCCCUCACUGCCCUCCUCACCCUCCUCACCCUCCUUACCCCCCUCACUGCCCUCCUUACCCCCCUCACUGCCCUCCUCACCCUCCUCACCCUCCUUACCCCCCUCACUGCCCUCCUUACCCCCCUCACUGCCCUCCUCACCCUCCUCACCCUCCUUACCCCCCUCACUGCCCUCCUUACCCCACCGUGCUGCUUCCAAACUGGGGAAUCCAUCAGUCUGGUGAAGCUGGACUGUCGACCAGCGUGUCAACUGAGAGACACAUAGGUGGUUUGUAUGCGUGUACGUGGUCUCCGUGUUAUGCAAGAGUGAAAAAUGUCCUAGCUAGGUAUCCGUAGAUGAGUAUUUAUGAGCCGCUGCGGAGGCCGUCGUGGUGCAAGCCGGCGUGUUUCUUCAGACUGUAGGAGGUCCUGCAGACGGACCUGGACGUUCCACGGACCGACGCCAUGUUUCCCAGCAUGACGCCGUCCCACCACUGUCUCAAUGCUGCUCUCCCCUUCACCAACACAAACACUCUUUCAUCCAUUCUUUCCUUCGCUCUCUCCUCUAAAACACGUCUGACAUGAAGCACUACAGCACGGAGAGCAGCAGAAACCCACCAGACUUUGUUUUCUUUUUCUUUCUUCCCGAUGUGUGCCGUUGUUUAUCAUGUUGAGUGUAAAUUUCUAUGGUGAAAAGUAGCCAGAGCUAGUUGCUGUGUGCCAUUUAAAAAAAAAAAAAAAAAGAUCAAAGCUAUUUUUCUUUUUUUUUUUUUGCAGGGGGAGGGACCCAAACCUGGACUCUCCCCUCCUCCAUCGACCCUCAUCGUCCUCCAUCACUGAUCAGUCAUCAGGCCUCUAGAUCUUUAAUUCUGCAGUCCACUUUAAAGGUCCAUUUAAAAGAUUGUAUUUUUAUUAAUCUAUUUAAAAAAUAAAUGAUCGAGGUAGUGGUUGUUGCCUCCACACAGUUUUAUACACAUAGGUUUUGUUGUGCUUGAGUAGACACCAUUUUGUAUGGUUUUCGUCUCCUUCCCUCACCCCUCUACCCCCGCUUCAAUAUCUGUGUAUAACAGUCUGUUCUUAUGUAAAAAAAAAUUAAUAAUGUAAAAAAAAAUGUUAGAGGAGAACCGUGGAAAUAAAAGUAUGUGAAAAUAGUGUUUCUA